AUGACCUCGGGCCAUGACGCUGAACCAUCCCGGCAGUAUCCGCCAGCAACAACUCCCGAAGAGCUCGACCACCUCGUCGAGGUCAUCAAGGACUGGGCGAUUGGCAAUGGCCUCGCGGUUCGGACUCCGCCAGCGGUAAUUUCUUCGGAAGCAGAUCCAACCAGGAUAACUGCUGUGCCCGCACCCGUGACACUGUUUCCGACGGCCUUUCCCCGCCAAGCCUUUCUGCAAGGUCAGAAGGCGCAGAACGCAUACAACGAGUUGGUCAUUGAUGGCGACGACUUUGUCCGUGAUCUGUGGGCGGUCCAUGAGACUGUCAAGUCAGAAGGAUACACCCAGCCGCUUUCAUUGGGUCUCUUCAGAUCUGAUUACAUGGUACACGAGCACAAAUCUAGCGAGUCGCCCACGGCGCAAGCAAAACAGGUAGAGUUCAACACCAUUGCUGCAUCAUUCGGCGGCCUGUCCGUACAUGCCUCCAGGCUGCACAACUUUCUGGCAAAAACCGAAUAUCCUCUCCUCGGCCAGCCCCUGGCCCAAGGGACCCUGGAUCUUCCCGCAAACAACACUAUCGAGGGUUUGGCAGGCGGGAUUGAGGCGGCUUAUCACGCGUAUGGCGAUUCCGAACUGGGACACGACAAAUGCGUCAUCUUUCUAGUCCAAGGUGGCGAGCGCAACGUCUUUGACCAGCGCCAUCUGGAGUAUCAAAUUUCCAAGUCGUCGCCCACCAUACCUGUCUUCCGGCUAGCCUUCACAGACAUCAUGAAGCACACUUCCAUUGCCAAAAGCCCCAAGCGCCAGCUUCUCUAUACGCUCCCCAGAAACGGGAACAGGGUCUUUGAGGUGGCCGUUGUGUAUAUGCGGGGCGGCUAUGGCCCUGACGACUAUCCGAAUCAGCAAACGUGGGAUGCUAGGUGUCAUCUUGAACGCUCGCAUGCCAUCAAGUGCCCCACGGUCCUAACACAGGUAGCCGGCAUCAAGAAAGUGCAGCAGGUUCUUGCAACCCCUCGACCGUCGUCUGAGCCGUCGAUCCUCAGUAAAUUCAUCAAGGAUGACACGCCAUCCGCCAUUGCCCUAUGGAACACAUUCACCAACAUUUACCCCAUGGACACGUCGGAUGUGGGCUUGGAGGCACGGAAGAAGGCUCUCGAUCCCGAACAGUGCGUCGAUUAUGUUUUGAAGCCGCAGAGGGAAGGGGGCGGAAACAACAUCUACGGAAGCGCGAUUCCUGGGUUCUUGAAGACGGUGCCAGAGGCUCACUGGAAUUCGUACAUUCUAAUGGAGCUUAUUAAAGCGCCGGCCGAAAACAACUUCAUCCUGCGCAAUGGAGCCAUUGAAAAAGGUCGAGUGAUUUCUGAGCUCGGGGUAUAUGGCACGUGUCUUUGGAACCAGGAGACGGGAGAAGUCAUUCGAAAUGAACAGGCGGGCUGGCUCCUCAGAACCAAGGGCGAAGAAAGCCAAGAGGGAGGCGUUGCUGCCGGAUACGGUUGCAUGGACAGCGUGUCGCUGACGUGA